AGCAUGCCCGCGAUCUUGACAACUUCCUCUUUUUACCCUCUUCAUUUUCUUAAAUUUGCCACACAAACCGAUUAUUAUGUCUGCUUUAUUUUUAUCCUGCCCUUCCUCCAUAGGAGCGAUGUGAAAAACCAAAGGGGCACUUUGCUCCAAACAAACAAAACUCCCAUUAAACCAACUCAAGGCAAGCUUUUUUGGGGAAGGUGUUAUCCACACACCAGUUUUGGCAGGUGUUGUCCACACACCAGUUCCGUAGUUUUUAUUGCAAGAGUGUUACAGUUUCUAGACACUGCACUGCAUUUUCUGCCAUGAGUCCUGAGAGCGGUGAACCCAUGGGUGUUCCUCUGAUUUGUUGGUCUACCUGUCCAUCAAACGAAAGGAGGUAGUCCAGGAGCCCCACAUAUCCUCACUCUAAUGAUGUUACAUAGUGGGUUAAUGAAACAACUGCAAGCAAAACACCAAGCUGAGGGAGCAAAGAGGACACCAAUUUCUGAACGUUGUUGGAAAAUAGAUUUUUCUUAGCAAAACGGCUGGUACAUUCCUCCAUUUGGCUUGGUGAGAGAGAAUACCAGAAAUUCCUGGCAGAAACUUAGAAGCCCAGAAAAUUGUGAAGAAGAAUUUUUUUUUUUAAAGAAAUCCGGAGAUGGAAUCCAUUUGGAAUGUGUUGGCCGGGAUCAAACAAGAUAUAGAACACAUCUUCCAGAAGGGAGACACUCCAAAGCCGGGAGAUAUGAUUCAGUUCCAGAUGGUUUUGCCUUUCCAGCAUUGGGGUAUCUACAUAGGCAAUGGAGAAAUUGUGCAUUUCGGAUUUUCAUUUUCUGGCGCAUUUCCGUAUAUGGUCCGCAGAGAAAAAAUCAAGGAUGUCGUAGGAGCUGUGAAAAGUGUAGUGUGGAACAAAUUCGAUCACAAAUAUCCUCCCUUGGAUCCUACUCGUGUGGUGAAAAGAGCUCUGCAUAUGGUAAACGAAGUCCUAAACUUCAACUUCGUUACUGCAAACUGUGAGCACUUCGCCACGUUGAUGAGAUACGACAAGGCUCUGUCUGAUCAGGCAGAAAGAUUUAAUUUUACUGUAGAUCAGGAUUUCGAGCAGGAGAUCAGAAGACGCCUAGCUGAGGUUGAUUGUGGAAGUGGAGAAUGUCUUUCAACCUUCCAGAGAAAGAUUCCUUGAGCCUCACUGAUGUGGAUCAAAUCUUUUUUCUAUAAUGGUUUUCAAAAUCAGCCUCCGUCAAAAGUGUAUCUUGUGCUUUCAACCUGGACAAAAUUAGGGAGGAAUUUGGGACUUGGCUUUGUUUCAAUCGGUGUUUCUCAAACAUGUACACCAGUGGUUCUCAACCUGUGGGUCGGGACCCCAUUUGGGGUCGAACGACCAUUUCACGGGGGUCGCCAAACAACGCAGUCCGCCAUUUCCCCCCCCUUUUCCUUAGCUGUGCUACUC